AUGCCAGGAAAUACUGGCCAACCUGCUGUCAGUCUCCUUCCCUCCCCAGCCCUAGCUGAGCUGCUCUUACCGCCCUGUGCCUCAGCCCCGCCACUGCUUUCCGCUGUCAGACAUGCACAUCGUGUACAACCCACAGAGGGAAAACCCCAUGUGACAAACCCCAUCCUGGGGAGGGAGGUGACGCUGGGGAGCGGAACCGAAAGCCUGUGCAGCCCAGCCUGUCCACUCACCACCCUGCCUGCAGGCACUGCCCUAGCUCCCCAGCCACUGGGACCCCCGCCCAGCGGGAUGGAGGAUUUGGACGCUUUGCUGGCAGAGAUAGAGCAGAGCUCUCAGCCAGCCUCUAAGGACCUCAUGCCACCAGCACUGAGCUCCUGCAAGCAGGAUGUGGCCACAGCCGGGCCCCCAGGCCCUUGUGGCCACAAGCCACUUGCCUCGGUGGCCCUGAAGGUGCAGCUGCCUCCUCAAGCUCAGUCUCCGGCAGAGGCUUUGGAGACAGUGUACAGCAGCCCCGUACAGGUCCCGCAGCCACUGCUGCCCUUGCCCUCGUCCGCAGCGGCCGCCCAACAACUGGAUGAGCUCCUGGCUGACCUAGGCCACAUGGAGAGCAAGCUGGCGGUGGCAGGGCAGGGAGCUGGGAUGCCAGCCGAGCCCUCAUUGGACAACAUGCUGGGCAGCCUCACCCGGGACCUGCAGGAGCUGGGCAUCACAGCUGCUCCCACUGGCGUCUGCGCCGCCUGCCACAAGCCCAUCGCCGGCAAGGUGCUCACCGCACUGGGCAAAACCUGGCACCCCAAGCACUUCGCUUGCACCCGCUGUGGGCAGGAACUGGGCGGCUGCCCCUUCUUCGAGCGGGGCGACCUGCCCUACUGCGAGGAGGACUAUCACCAGGCCUUCUCCCCCCGCUGCGCAUACUGUGCCAGCCCCAUCCGUGAGAAAGUCCUCAUGGCCCUGGACCGGACCUGGCACCCUGAGCACUUCUUCUGUGCCCACUGUGGGAAGGUGUUUGGAGAUGACGGUUUCCAUGAGCAGAAUGGGAAGCCGUACUGCCGCCAGGACUUCCUGGCCAUGUUUGCUCCGAAAUGCCAGGGCUGCGAGCGCCCCGUGACGGAUGGUUACCUGUCGGCACUGAAGGGCGUCUGGCACACCGAGUGCUUCGUUUGCGCGGAGUGCCUGAGCAGCUUUGCCAACGGCUCCUUCUUUGAGCUGGAGGGUCGGCCCUACUGCGAGCUACACUUCCACCAGCGGCAGGGCAGCAUCUGCCACGGCUGCGGCUGCCCUGUCACCGGUCGCUGUGUCACGGCCGCAGGGCACAAGUACCACCCCGAGCACUUCAUCUGCUCCUACUGCCUGGGGAAGCUGCAGAAAGGCACCUUCUGUGAGCGCAGUGACAAGAUGUACUGCCGGACCUGCCAUGACAAGCUCUUCCUCUGACCCCGGCCUGCAGCCACCACCCUCCCCCCCCCCCGCCCCCCUUCCCCGCCUGUCUGGAUGCCCCUAGUGUCAAGCCCAUCAUCAACAUUCCCUGCCAGGCCAGGCAUCCCUGGAAUCACCCCUGCUGAGCCAAACAUCCUUUGCUUUGUCCCACCCAUCGGCAUCCCUGGUAUUUAUCCUGCUGAGCCAAAUGUCCCCAGCAUUGUUUCUGCCGAGCGGACUCCUCAUCUCCCUACCCCUUCAGACAUUCCCGACAUUGUCCCAGCCAAGCCACACAUCCUGGCCCUUGUCCCCUCCAUCUGAGGCAAUAUAGCACCUGGCCCUGCCUUCACAGAAUCACAGAAUCACCAGGUUGGAAAAGACCCCUUGGAUCAUCUAGUCCAACCAUUCCUAUCUACCACUAAACCGUGUCCCUGAGCACCUCGUCUAGCAGUCUUUUAAAUACCUCCAGGAAUGGUGACUCAACCAUCUCCCUGGGCAGCCUCUGACAGUGCCUGAUGACCCUUUCUGUGAAAAUUAUUUUUUUUCUGAUGUCCAGCCUGACCCUCCCCUGGCAGAGCUCGAGGCCGUUCCCCCUUGUCCUGUCCCUUGUCACAGGGGAGAAAAGACCAGCACUCUCCUCUCUACGACCUCUGCUCUGCUCAUGAUGGCUUUAGCUGGAUCUCACCCUACCCAUGGGUGCCCUCAUGGGUCCCAGCUCCCAGAGUGCUGCCAGCCGGGGUGACUCUGCUGGCGCUGCCCUUCCCAUCACCACAGGAGCGGGCCUGGCCUCCUUGCAGAGCAGUUCCAGCCAUGCUGCACCACACAGGGAAUCCGCACAGCCCCAGGCCCACAUUCCCAUGGACCUCACCCCAUCCCACAACCACAGGGCUGCUCCACAUCCCUAUAAAUCCCCUCUGAGACCAAGGCUCCAGAAAAUUGCUUCCAAAAUAGGUAUUUCCAAAAGUUUACAGAAUUUCUUUCCCCAUGAGUUUUCACCAGCAAACGGAGGGGAAAAGGGAAAAGUGAGGCAACACAGUGCUCCAGCCUGGCUUUGGUAUUCCCUGGAAGGGAUGAGGUGAGCUGUGCUAAGCCAGGCAGCCCUGGCUCCAGAGGGCUCCCAAGCUGGCUUUUCUAAGGAUGAGAUGAGGACUAAAGAAAUUAUGGUAUUUUUUCACCUGUGCAAUGUCUCACAGCGACCAGAAGAUGGGGAAAAUUCAAUUAAAGGCUUCCCAGCAGGAAGCCCCAGCACUCCAGAGGAGGAGGGAAGGCCUCCUCUUGUGCAGCCCCAAGCACCCUUGUGAAAACACUUGGCAGCUCAGCACAAAGCAAAGCUCUGGUACUGUUUAUAUUUCAUCCAACCUUUUCCCAGAGAGAGGAGGAAACUCCACUCUAGCCAGUGAAAGGGUUUGGGAAAGUGGCAUCUUCCAGCACCCCUCAGAGCUGAGCAGCACUCGGCACAGCCCUGCCCCAGGAAAAGACACCAAUCCCCACUGCGACUUGAAAAGUGCCAAGGUGCUACACACCCACACUUUAAAAACUUUAUUUAUAUAAAAAAAUCACUUUGUUUUAAAAGCGUUACAAGAGUGUGCACAGGAAUUUAACAAGGAAUGGCACAGUGCUCCCCGCUGCCCUCCCGUCCAACCCCACUCCCCACGGGGGUAGGGAAGGAGGGAAGGGAGAAGCGCUUUUUUUUUGGUUCAUUUGGAAUUAAAAAUUAAAAAAAAAGGAAUUAGUGUUUUACAUAUUUAGAGGAAAAGAGAAGAGUUAGACCCCAGAACAAAACCCAACGGAGCUGAGGUGGGGUGGAGCUGGGAAGCGCUCAGCCGGAGCUGGAGGUGCUUCCGGGCAGGAGCAAGGCACCAGUUCUGCCAGCUGCAGCCCCCGACUCCAGUUUGCAGCCUCCAGAAGAGGCUUCCAGUUGCAGAGGGAGCCCAAGGGCUCCCAUGAGAUCACAGCACGUGGAUGUGCCCUCUCCCAGCGGAGGGGAGGAGGAUGCAUGUGUCCUCCCUGGGGUGCGGAUAAGAGCCCUGCACCCCAAAACCAAGGGCUGGGGGGCUGCACCCCCCAAACUGGGCUUCCAGCCCCCCUGCCGCCAGCUCUGGCUCCCGACAGGGCAGGGAAAUGCCCAGCCCUGACGAGAGUCUGGGAAGCACCCCAUCCCCAGCGCAGAAACCAGACAGUACGAUUCAGAGAGCUAUUUCACAGUGGCAAAAGAAAGGCACGUGUCAAGAGAAAGUCAGAGGGGCAGUGGGGCAAGGGGGAAUCCUGUCUCUGCAGCCCUGCCCAGGCCUGCGCCCCACACAGCGCACACCCAGAAUCCUGCCCUGCCGCAUCUCCUUCCACACAGACUCAGCCCCUUAUGCUGAC